AUGCAAGCAAAGGUCGUACCUGUGCUGAAGCUGUUGGCAAGCCAGCUCUGCGUGCCGCCAGAUGAGCUACAGAUCUGGGAUCCAUACUUCUGUAAAGGGACUGUGGUGCGACAUAUGGCGCAGCUUGGAUUCACCAAGGUUCGCAAUGUGAACGAGGACUUCUAUCAGAUGAUCAAUAAAGACACCAUUCCGGAGCACCAUGUCUUCAUGACAAAUCCUCCCUAUUCAUCUGACCACCUUCCACGGUGCCUAGAGUUCUGCGGCAAACUUACGAAGCCUUGCCUUCUGUUGCUUCCCAACUGGGUGGCAAAGAAGCCUUACUUCUCCAAGCUGUUGGCGGGCAGGGUGGACAAUAUGUUUUUCAUAGCGCCGCUCGAGAGAUACGCUUACACCAUGCCUCCUGAAUUGGUGCCAGACUGCUGCAAGCCAGCUUGGGUGGGAGAUGACGGCAAGACGUCACCAUUUGAGUCCUCAUGGUACAUCAUCCUGCCACCAUCCAUUGGGUCCAAGAGGAUAUAUGACCGCCUCGAGUCUGAAUUACAGCAAAGCCUAUUCGGUUGCAUGGCGGCCAAAAAACUGCAGGCCUUGAAAUGGAAACUGAAGAAAGCGCGAGAAUCGCAAGCCAUCGGAUGCGCAAACGCCGGGCAGAAGAACAGGAAAGGUAAAGCCGGGGCUGUGAAGAAGAGUCUGGAAGUUGCCGCGAAAGGCUACGAGGAAGCCGAUCCCUGGGACCGUCGAGUUCGACUAGUUCUUGAAUUUGCCGAGAGAGGAGGCGCUUUUCUGUCAAUUCUGUCCCUUUGGGCAUAUCUGACGUCCCAUGACGUCCCAGUAGCCUCACGGCCCAUCAGGCAGGAAAGCAAAGUGCCAGUCCAGCCACCGAGCUUUCAGUCAACCGGCUUCAGUGACCAGGUGUCUGAGCUGCUGGAACUGAUAACGCCGUCAGAGGCGUCAGAGCGAGUUGCAACGGAACUGGCAGCAUAUACUGAAUCGAUAAUACAAGAAAUGCUCCCUGGAGCUUCGGUAGAAGGGUUUGCCAAUGCCGACAUACUUCGUGGAACUGCCUUUGGGGUAGCUGUCCCCGAGAUUGACCUGGUAGUUACUGCCGACCCAGAGUGCCUGGAGAGGCAGCUACAAGGCCGCCUGGCCAAAGGAGGUGUUCACAAAACUCGUAUGGAUGCCCGCAAAAUGCAAAAAUCUGCCAUACGGGCAUGUACAGAUCUCCUGGUAGCUGCUGGCGGCUUCAAGUUCCGCCGCUCUGCUUUCCGCUGUGAAGAGCCGAAGGUCACGCUCAUGGGACCUUCUACCAUGAGUGUCUCAGGGCAAGGCAUCCCCGUUGACUUUUCAGUGAACUGCGCUACUCCAGGCUGCCACGCCGCGCUGGUGUCGGCAUGCGCAGAGAUGGACGUUCGCUCGAGGGAUCUCAUCCUUCUUGUGAGGCGAUGGUCAAAGGACCGUGGAGUGUGCCAUGUGGCUCGUGGCCAUCUGUCACCUUAUGGGUGGACUCUUCUGACCAUAUAUUACUUACAGGUGAAAGCCGUGAUGCUCCCACCGCUUAGUGCUGUGAGAAGUGGAGCAGACUAUGUGGUGAAACCAACAGCAGAUCCCAACAGCACUCAAGGUGAAGGUGAGGAAGGCUCCAACCUGACUGUUGGAGACUUGUUCUUCGGCUUUAUAGGUUUCUAUGAGCAUGAAAUCGACCUACAAUGUGAGGCUGUGUCUCUGCGCCACGGCCAGAGGCAAGCCAGCUCACAGCCGGAGGUAGCAGAUAAUUCCGAAAGUGCUGAUCUGGGCGUGCAUGUUGAGGACCCGUUUGAUCCUGAGAGAAAUUGUGGAGCAAGCCUCAGUAGAGAGGGGCUUCAGAGACUCAAGGAAGAACUCGCCAGAGCUCAGCUUAUCUUGUCAGCAAAGGAGGAGGCUUCUUUGUCCGAAGUGCUUCAACCUUGGGCGCCUCCUGAAAGACAUGCAACUAUGGCGGCAGAGGAUAUUCUCACAUCUGUGAGUUAG